AAAAAAAAAAAAAAAGAACCAAACCCGCGUGAGGGUUGAAUAUUCAUCCGCAAAGGGGCUUUCUUCAAAUGCAUCUCGAUCGUAUCCGUAUGUUGUGCGUGUGAGAUCGAGAAAGGUACGUAUACCAAUGGAGCUCCCGCAGUUCCAGGAAGCGUCAGAGUGCGACGUCUGCAGAUGCAGCUUCAACACCUUCAGACGACGGCAUCAUUGUCGUUGCUGUGGUCGGACAUUAUGUGCUGAACAUUCAUCGAAUCAAAUGGCCUUACCACAAUUUGGUAUUCACUCGUGUGUCAGAGUUUGCUCUGACUGUUUUAGUAAUGAUUGUCGGGAUAGAUCAAGCAAAAAUAGCACACCAACUUCUUUGGACGGAGUUAAUCUGCUUACAGACGGGGUUUCAACAUUAGACAUUAGUACCGGUGCAGAUUCAAAUCCCAAAUGCACUGCUGAGAAAAUUCCUGGUAUAGGUACUGUAGAGUGCAAAUGUGGAAUGCCUUUAUGCAUUUGUGAAGCCCCAGCUCCGUCAACGGAUCAAGUAUUCUUGCUGAACAAAUUUACAUCAACUACUACAGUUCAGUUAAACCCCAAAGCGAAAAAGACGGAUACAAUACCGAGGAAUAGACGUCCAACAUCGAACAACCAGCAGUUUAUGAUUUCAAGUCAUGGUCAAGUGUCCAAUGCUGGUUCAGAAAAAGCUCACAUGGAUUACGAAGUUAAUGGAGAGGGUUUACGAGAAGCAAUAAAAAACGGUGACACUUCAGCUGUCAAGGAGCUUCUCACUAAAGGUGUGGAUGCAAGUUACUGUGACAAGCAAGGAUUAUCAUUGUUACAUUUGGCAGCACUUUUUAAUCGAACUGAAAUAGCUUUUGCUCUCAUGGAAUGUGGAGCUAGUCUGGAUCACAGAAAUUUGCAGGGGGAAACGCCACUUGAUUGUGCUCCUGCUACAUUGCAAUACAAAAUGCAAAAGAAGAUGGAAGAAAGGGAACAACUGGGCGCAAGCCAUAUUAUCUGAAUCUUUGGUAUUUAACUUGUUUGCUUCCUUGAAAAUGGUGAUUUUGAUCCACCUGUUGCAGAGUUUGUAAUAAUGUGACGCCUUUGCCAUUAUUCCUGGGAUUGUGGGAGUACACUUCAGCCCAAGAUUUAAUUUUUUUUUGACCAGUUCUAUUUCUUAUUUCUGUCAUUGUUGUCCUCC